CUGAUGAAUAAUAUGAGAGUACGCGCACGCACCCAUGGUGAUAAGAGUAAUCGAGUAACCCCGCGGUGGCUGGCAUGACGUCGACUGUACCCAAUCCAAUCUGUGUGUCGGAUGGCACGGACGCCGCACCCAGUAGCUGUACGAGUAACCACUGUGCCUCGCAUGAACAAUAUCAGGUGGCGGCCAUGCAAACUUUUGCCGACAGUGAUUCCACUACUUCUCUUUGAGAUCGCUCUACUGUUGCACAUUUCAUUCCUGUCGUAUUGUCUCCUACUGUAACACCACCAGACACAGAAACACCAUUUGAUGGCGUGAGGGCCCGGAUGUCGCAACAGAGCUUCUGAAAUCCGGCUCAUGCUACAUCAUCAGUCGUACUGCUGUGCACAACUCGCGCGCAUCGGAAGGGUGAGUAAAAUUUGAUGUCUCAGCCUCUUUUGCGAAGGUUUUCCGCAGCGCACUCCCUCGAGGGAAGAGUCUGGCCAUUCCUGGGCACGUCGUAGGUGCGCCCAUUGGCAGCGAUGCAGAGAGUUACUUCCAUGUUGCCGUCCUGGGACAGGACAAAGAAGGGCGGCAAGCAGGGCUUCGAUAAAGUCUGGGGUUGGGCUGACAAACUCGGCGCACCGGUAAACAAGUUCACGAACAAAAUCGGCAGCGAGGCGUUUUGGCCGACUGAAUUGGACAAGGAGAGUGACAAGGCUGCGAGGAUAUUGAGGAGUUUCUGCAAGGAUGGAUUCUACAAAGAAGAGAAAUUGCCGCCGAGCGAAUUCGGUCCCAACCAGAGCGCGAAACAACGAGUACUUAUGAAGAUCCCGCCAAACGUGGUCAAGAAUGCAGUUGGGAUGGCUAUUUUCACAACGAUGCGCACAGGUCUUUGGAUUUCGGGUGCGGGCGGAUCUGGGGUCUUGGUUGCGCGAUUGGAAGACGGGUCAUGGUCACCUCCUUCCGGGAUUAUGCUACACACUGCAGGUAUUGGAUUUUUAGUGGGAAUCGACAUAUACGACUGCGUUGUGGUAAUCAACAGCAGGAAGACCUUGGAGUCGUUUACGAAAAUCCGAGCAACGGUUGGUGGCGAAAUCAGUGCCGUUGCAGGGCCAGUUGGGGUUGGUGGGGUGAUUGAGAGUGAUGGGAAAUGGAAGCAGAUAAACAGGCCAGUAUUCACAUACCUGAAGUCGAGAGGAUUCUAUGCUGGGGUCCAGCUAGACGGCACGGUAAUUAUCGAAAGAACAGACGAAAAUGAGAGGUUCUAUGGCGAGAGAAUAUCCGCAGCGAAUAUCUUGGCUGGAAAGGUCAGAUUCGUACCCAGGGAGACGAAGAUGCUCUUGGAGACACUAAAGUUGGCUGAGGGCCGAUCGGACUACGAUCAGGAUUUAAUGGAAGAAUUGGAAGGCCAACCAGCCCCAGGAGAUGUCGAUGUCGAGUCAACAACCGUUUUCGGAAUCCCCGAACCAGAUGACCCCGAUCCAUUCGGCGUUCUUGCUUUAGAGCAGGCCGGGAUGGAGAUCAAAGAGGCAGGAAGCCACUCCCGGCCGAGUAGCUCACAGUUUGAAUACAAGCCGAGUCCAACCAGUCCGAUAUUUCCACACCUAAACCGGUUGAGUAUGGACACAAACGGGGCAGGCAGUCGAGCCAGCUAUAUGAGCAACUCGAAAAGAACUAGCUUACGAACUGUCCGAAGUAUUUCAAUGGGUACACAAACAGACGCGGAUGACUCGUCUAGCGUGCAUGCAAAGACUCCAAUCGAAGCGGCUGAUACCCCUGUGGAGAAGGUUGACCUAGAACCACCGGAUGUUGACUACACACAAAUUGAUCUCGGACCAUACAGCGGAUUCAAAAGCCCAAACCAUACUUCUGAGUUCAAUGGGAGUGGCACGACCAUAACAGAGCAAGAAUCGCCCGAAUCUCAACACCAUGAAGGGGCUGAGAAGCAUGCCGAACCGAAACACCAGGAAGCGUCCGUGAAGCAUGUGCAACCCCAGCAUCAAGAAAGGUCUGAGAAGCGUACCGAACCCCAAAACCACGAAGGCUCUGAGAAGCACGGUGACAGCGAUGCCGACAAUUAUUCAGACGACGGCUUGGAUGACGACGAACCCGUGGUUUUCGAGGCGGCGGCAGCAACACAUCGCCCAACCCACAUCAACGUUGUCAAGGCGCGAGGAAAUGUCGUCACCAUCCCGCCAAGACCAACACCACCUCUGCCACCGAGGAAUUCGGCAAGAGGUAGCAGGAGUUUGGUCAAUGGCGUCUGGGAAAACGGGUCUCCACUUGCUAGCCCGAGGUCGGACAGGUUUUCUCCUCUCUCGAGCCCAAGGGCUGACGGGUUUGAGAUUGCCAAGCUUAACGGGAGCCCAAGCAGCCGACCUUCAUCGCUCCAGAGCCAGACUGAAAAACCAAAUGGGACAACUGAAAAUGGGGUUAAGGCGGUGGAUGAAGCCAAUGGAGUUAAAGAGAAGAAGUCGAGUGAAGCGGAGGUCCCCUACGGUCAAUACUUUUCCUCCGGAAACCAGACGAGCAAAGAGAGCCCCAAGGAAGAGACCGUCCCCGCUUCUACGGAAACGAAGGACUCAACUCCACCAAAAUCUGCCGUUGAGGUUCUACUCCCAAGCUCGGAUUUACCUGAAGAUGCGGACGAAAGUCAGAACGAGGACUUUCAGGAUGCUGUCGACGGACCUGCUGGUGGCAAGGAGGAUGCUGUUGACGCAACCGCUGGUGGCAAGGAGGAUGCUGUUGACGCAACCGCUGGUGGCAAGGAGGAUGCUGUUGACGCAACCGCUGGUGGCAAGGAGGAUGCUGUUGACGCAACCGCUGGUGGCAAGGAGGAUGCUGUUGAUGCACCCACUGGUGGCAAGGAUACGAGUACCGACACAAAGAUAUAGCUGACAUAAGGUGUUUUGGAAAUUUCACGCUCAAUGGGGGAAUAAUAUAUGGGAUUAAAACUUUUGUUGAUACUACGGGCUAAGGGCAUAAUUUUGGAGUUGCUGGUCGGGAGCAUCAUAUGGGGAGCUUCUUGGUGUUCCGCGACGUUUUGGUUGAGUUUGGCAGGAGACACGACAUAUAGGCGCGGACGUAUUUGGGAUAUAAUGUAACGCAGUUUAAAGGGAUGAGUUUGUAUUUGUUGCCUACUUGAUCAUGUGAAUUUCUCGAGGUGUAGUCUUGAGGGGUUUGUCUUGACUUUGCUCCUCAAGUUAGUAUUAAACAAAUGAUAGCAUCUGAGCACCCAUCG